GCAUAAAACCACUGGCCACCUGCUGGGCUGCUCCUGCGUGCGCUGCCGUCCCGGAUCCACCGUGCCUCUGCGGCCCGAGUGCCCGGAGUCCCCGCCUGUGUCAUUUCUGUCGCCGUCCCCGUCUCCUGCCAGGCGCGGAGCCCUGCGAGCCGCUGGUGGGCCCCAGGCGCGCAGACAUGGGCGGCCCCGCCAAAGCGCGCUGGGCUGCCGCGGCGCUGGGCGUCGCGGGGCUUCUGUGCGCGGUGCUGGGCGCUGUCAUGAUCGUGAUGGUGCCCUCGCUCAUCAAGCAGCAGGUCCUCAAGAGCGAAUGAAUGAGUGAAUGAAUGAAGCAUACGUCUGCUUAGAUCUGGCUGCCACUUCUUGGGACCCAACUAGCUGGCUUUAAAUAUGGAGCAACAUGUGGCCUCUCUCAAGGUCUCUGGAACGUGCGCAUCGACCCCAGCAGCCUGUCCUUUAACAUGUGGAAGGAGAUCCCAAUCCCCUUCUAUCUCUCCGUCUACUUCUUUGACGUCAUGAACCCCAGUGAGAUCCUGAAGGGCGAGAAGCCGCAGGUGCAGGAGCGCGGGCCCUACGUGUACAGGGAGUUCAGGCACAAGACCAACAUCACCUUCAACAACAAUGACACCGUGUCCUUCCUCGAGUACCGCACCUUCCAGUUCGAGCCCUCCAAGUCCCAAGGCUCGGAGAGUGACUACAUCGUCAUGCCCAACAUCCUGGUCUUGGGUGCGGCAGUGAUGAUGGAGAAUAAGCCCAUGACCCUGAAGCUCAUCAUGACCUUGGCAUUCACCACCCUCGGCGAACGUGCCUUCAUGAACCGCACUGUAGGGGAGAUCAUGUGGGGCUACCAGGACCCCCUUGUGAACCUCAUCAACAAGUACUUUCCAGGCAUGUUCCCCUUCAAGGACAAGUUCGGAUUAUUUGCUGAGCUCAACAACUCCGACUCUGGGCUCUUCACGGUGUUUACGGGGGUCCAGAACAUCAGCAGGAUCCACCUCGUGGACAAGUGGAACGGGCUGAGCAAGGUUGACUUCUGGCAUUCCGAUCAGUGCAACAUGAUCAAUGGAACUUCUGGGCAAAUGUGGCCGCCCUUCAUGACUCCUGAGUCCUCGCUGGAGUUCUACAGCCCUGAGGCCUGCCGGUCCAUGAAGCUAAUGUACAAGGAGCCAGGGGUGUUUGAAGGCAUCCCCACCUAUCGCUUCGUGGCUCCCAAAACCCUGUUUGCCAAUGGGUCCAUCUACCCACCCAACGAAGGCUUCUGCCCGUGCCUGGAGUCUGGAAUUCAGAACGUCAGCACCUGCAGGUUCAGUGCCCCCUUGUUUCUCUCCCAUCCUCACUUCCUCAACGCCGACCCGGUCCUGGCAGAAGCGGUGACUGGCCUGCACCCUAACCAGGAGGCACACUCCUUGUUCCUGGACAUCCACCCGGUCACAGGAAUCCCCAUGAACUGCUCUGUGAAACUGCAGCUGAGCCUCUACAUGAAAUCUAUCGCAGGCAUUGGACAAACUGGGAAGAUUGAGCCGGUGGUCCUGCCGCUGCUUUGGUUUGCAGAGAGCGGGGCCAUGGAGGGGGAGACGCUUCACACAUUCUACACCCAGCUGGUGUUGAUGCCCAAGGUGAUGCACUAUGCCCAGUACGUCCUCCUGGCGCUGGGCUGCGUCCUGCUGCUGGUCCCUGUCGUCUGCCAAAUCCGGAGCAAAGAGAAAUGCUAUUUAUUUUGGAGUAGUAGUAAAAAGGGCUCAAAGGAUAAGGAGGCCAUUCAGGCCUAUUCUGAAUCCCUGAUGACAUCAGCUCCCAAGGGCUCUGUGCUGCAGGAAGCAAAACUGUAGGGUCCUGAGGACACCAUGAGCCAGCCAGGCCUGGCCACUGGGCCUGACCGGCCCCCCAGCCCCUACACCCCACUUCUCCCGGACUCUCCCAGCGGACAGCCCCCCAGCCCCACAGCCUGAACCUCCCAGCUGCCAUGUGCCUGUUGCAUACAUGCAUGCAGGCCUGUGCAGACACUCAGGGACGGAGCUGCUGCUGAAGGGACUUGCAGGGAGAGGCUCGUCGACAAGCACUGUUCUGGAACCUUCUCUCCAUGUGGCCCACAGGCCUGACCACAGGGCUGUGGGUACUGUGUCCCCUUCCUUGGGUGAACCUGGCCUGUCCCAUUCAGCUGUUGGGCCCAGGCUUCCUCCCCUUCAGGGUGAAACACUGCAGUCCCGGCGUAGUGACUCCCCAGGCAGGACUGGCCGGCUGGGAGUGCUGGCUUCCUGUGCCAAAUAGCUGCCAGGCCAGGCAAAGCGCCUUUACACAGGCCUCGGAAAACAACGGGGUGAGCACGAGAUGCCCCGUGCAGCUGCCCAAGGCUCCCCACCCACCCUGGCCGGACCUUGAUCUCCCCAACGUCUUCACAGGCACUGCAUCAGGGUGUCUGCUGCCCGUUUCCUCCAGCCUAAACUGAAAUCAUCCUACGGACUGAGCCAGCCACUCCCUGGCCGAAGUGGCAGCAGGCUGUGCCCCCGAGCUGCGCCCAACCCCUCACAGGGUCCCUCAGAUUUUAGGUGCCCAGGCUGAGGUGAAGAGGCCUUCGGGCCCUGCCUCCCGGGCGCUCCUGGACCCUGGGGCCAGCCUGUGACCCUUUUCUACUGGAAAUGAGUUUUAUCAUCUUUGAAAAAUAAUUCACUAUUGAAGUAAUAAACCUUUAAAAAAAUU